AUUUGCUUAGAAUUCACAUCAGGGAUAACAAGCAAAAAAAAAAAAGAGAGGGAAAGAAAAAAAGAAAGAGAGACAGAUAAAAAGAGUAAGAGAGAUGAUGAAGAAGGAAAUACCAGGAGGGGAUACCAAUAGCUGGGCACGUGCUUGUGACACGUGCCGUUCAGCGCCGUGCACCGUGUACUGCAAAGCAGACUCUGCAUACCUUUGCACCAGCUGCGACGCGCGGAUUCACGCUGCCAAUCAGUUGGCAUCGAGGCAUGAGCGGGUUUGGGUGUGUGAAGCGUGUGAACGUGCACCAGCAGCCUUUUUGUGCAAGGCUGAUGCAGCAUCACUCUGUGCUACCUGUGAUGCUGACAUUCACUCAGCUAACCCAUUGGCUCGCCGCCACCACCGGGUCCCAAUUAUGCCCGUCGGUUGUACAUAUGGCCCCUCAGAUGGAAGGAUGUCUGAGGACGGAUUCCUGGACCUGGCAGAGGGAGAUGAUCAGACCACUGAUCAUGAAGGGGACGAGGAUGAAGCUGCUUCAUGGUUGCUACUUAAUCCAGGUAAGAACAGCAACAAGCUAACUACAAAUGGGUUUUUAACUGGAGGAGGAGAGGUUGACGAGUACCUGGACCUCUUUGAGUAUAAUUCAGGUGCUGCAGACAAUCAAUUUUGUGAGCAGUAUAACCAGCAGCAGGAAUUCAGUGUCCCUGAGAAGAGCUGUGGAGGCGACAGCGUCGUACCAGUUCAGUGUAGAGAAGGAAAAGAUCACCAAAUACAGUAUCAGAACUUUUUGUUUGGGAUGGAAUGUGAGACCAAAUCUGAGUACAAUUACAACACAUCAAUUAGUCACAGUGUUUCAGUUUCCUCACUAGAUGUGGGUGUCGUACCAGAAUCCACCAUGAGCGAUAUGUCUGUGUCACAUCCAAGGCCCCCCAAAGGAACAAUCGACCUAUUUUCUAGCCCUCCAAUGCAAGUGCCAACUCAAUUAUCACCACUGGACAGAGAGGCCAGGGUCAUGAGAUACAGAGAAAAGAAGAAGAAUAGAAAGUUUGAGAAGACUAUCCGUUAUGCUUCAAGAAAGGCCUAUGCAGAGACUAGACCUCGGAUCAAAGGCCGGUUCGCGAAGAGAACAGAUGUUGAAGCAGAAAUGGACCAGAUGUUCACCAACUCAUUGAUGUCAGACGGUGGAUAUGGCAUUGUGCCAUCCUUCUGAUCAAUCUAGGUGAUAUUUUAAAUGGAGUUGGUUGUGCUACCAUUAAAUCUUCAUUAUUUUUUAUCAGUCUUGACCUAUAUGUUCUUAGUUACUAAUAUGUUGUCUUGUUAUUCUUACGUCUUUUUUGUGUAAAAUUGUACAAAACAAGUAUAUAUAACAUGCUUUCUUCAUUAAA